CAGCAGCGCUCAGGACCACGCGUCAGAUCGUCCUUUUUGUUGCUGCCGAUUGGAACGUAGCUAUCCCCCAACUGGCCUUGACGCCGUCCGGUGAAAGACAGUGACUUCAUGAUGCAGCUGUUUGGCAGCAGAAAUGGCUGCCUUCCUUGGAUGUUUGUGUGUCUCGUGGUCGUGACUGCUGUGACGGUGCUUGCCGACGGUGGUCGUGAUGAUUCUUCGAGAGUCUCGUCGGAGAAUGUGGGGUGGAAUUGGUGGGAUGGGUUGCGUCUCGACCUGUUUGAGCAAUAUUCCACAGCAUGGAUGCGAAGUGUCGCGCCGCCAGACGGAGGUGCGGACUGGCCGAAGCUGGAGAUGAAUGCGCGGGUGGUGGCUGCAGUAAUUCUGGGAUCUUUGGGAGCUUGUAUCUGCGCGGCGGGCGGAGUCGGAGGGGGAGGAUUGUUUAUUCCCAUCUUUAACCUUUUGCUUCUCUUCGAUGCUAAGACCUCAGCGGCCUUGUCGAAUAUCAUGAUUCUGGCUGGCUCGAUUGCAGUGCUGGCAUGGAACAUUCGACGGACGCACCCACUUUCUCCUGGGAAGCCUCUCAUUGAUUACGAUGUGGCGUUGUUGCUCAACCCCAACAUGUUAUUGGGCAUCAGCAUCGGUGUUUUUUGCAACAUCACGUUCCCUGGAUGGUUGCUCAUCUCCGUGUUGACUGUUAUCUUGUUCUACAUGACCAAUCGAAGCAUUCAAAACGGCUUCACUCGUUGGAAGAAGGAGAGCGCGGCAGCUGCGAAAGCCAAAGAAAAGAUAGCUAUCGUCAGUGCUCAUUCUGUGGAAACUGGCCAAAGAACAAGUGGGCUGACUGAGCCUCUCCUCGGUGGUCAAUCCGAGCCCAGCCUCUUCGCACAGUGCCCACCUCAGAAACUUAUCAAGCUCGUCAUGAUGUGGCUGCUAUUUUUCGCGGUGCAAAUUCUAAGAGGAGGAGAGGGUACUGAAGGAAUUCUGAAGGUUAAACCCUGCGGUUUAGCGUAUUGGCUAUUGUCUGCAUCACAGUUGCCGCUUGCAAUAGGUCUGACGGCAUGGAUUGCGCUUCAGCAUUCCUCGAAAUCCCAUGCCGCAAAACCAUCCGAGUCUAACGAGGAAGUAGAUGUGAUGCUUACCUCAAGGGCGUACACCGUGUUUCCCUUGAUGGCAUUGCUUGCGGGCAUGUUGGGUGGAAUGCUAGGAAUUGGGGGCGGCAUGAUCAUUAAUCCCAUGCUCACGGAGGUCGGAAUGCACCCACAGGCGACAGCGGGAACCAGCUCCUUCAUGAUCUUCUUUGCAACAUCCAUGUCAGUUCUCCAGUUUUGGCUGCUGGGCCGCAUCCCGAUGGAUUUCGCACUACUGUUCGGAGCUGUGUGCUUAUUCUGGUCUUGUGUGGGAAUUGGUUUGUUACAAGCGGCCAUUGUAAAGCACGGACGUCCAUCAGUGAUAGUGUUUUUAGUGAGUAGCGUAAUGGGUGUCAGCGCAUUGCUGAUGGCCACCUUCGGAGGCUUCAAUGUCUGGCACCAAUACAGAGCUGGAGACUAUAUGGGUUUCCAUGCCGCUUGUGGCGAGAAAUGAUUCCUGCAUCAUACUUGGACCCCUUCAUUCUAAUGGAACUUUUUGAGCCAUUGAAACAGUACAUCUUGAUGGCUACUUCAACUUCA